AUGAUUGACACAUGGUCGAUGUGGAGGCGAUGUGCCGAUUCCCGAAAAUCCGCUCCGACUUUUUUUCGCUCGGUGGGACCUCAUGUCAGAAUUUCUUCUGACUUUCGCCUCUUCACUUCCUCACACAUCCUGCUGACAUGGAAACGACGUUGGCAUACUUCGACUAGUUCAAGCAUGAGGGUCUCCGCAUCCUCGGGCAGGUCCAUGCUGGAAAGCACUCGGGUCUUGAACAAUCGAGCUGCAUCACCAAUUUCUCGAAGCAUCCACACCUCCCUCCCGACGCACGAUGCGUACCGUCCAGCCGACACUCACUCCAGCGACCGUAGCAACAGAUCCCAGCGCUCGAAAUGGAACAAUGAAGCUCAAAAGCAAAGAAGGGUGACCGACACCGUCCUCACAGCGUCCAGGCUGGGGAGGCAUGCGGAGUCGAUCGACAAAAACACCUCGGACAGAUACUCGGGGUGGAAGCCGACGCCGGGUCCGAGCAGUCGUCGUCAGACUGGACGACCAAAGCUAUCGCAUGAUGCAGGCAAGAGUAUGAUGCGUGCUCUGGAGUCGGAGAAUGUUGAGGAGAGGUUGGGUCAGUAUUCGUCGGAGGUACUGAUGAAGCCGCUGGUAGGGAAGAAGGACACGGACGAUGGGUUCGGGGCGGGCAGUGGGUCAAGUGGGGCUUCGAUCUCGUCACGCGACUUCAUCGCUCCCAGAAGAUCGUUGAAGCCUGGAGACUUUGUCGAGCUGCGACGUGCCGGUACCGCUGUGGGAAUCGUCCUCCCUCCUCCCGAAGAUGCCCUGCGCAGCGACGCAGAUGCUUCCACCCCAUCCCGAACCAGCACCGGCAUGCGCGAUCUCUACGUCCUCGUCACCUCCGGUCAAGUCGUCCUCUACAAAGACAACGACGUCAUGAUCCAGAUCCCCCACGUCAUCGAGCCCAACCAGAUUACCACAGCUGCCGUGCUCAGCAAGCACUAUGUCGUCUCCAGCAACAGCCUCGACACGCCGGUCAACAGCGACGGCACCCACGACGCCCACUCCUUCGCAUCCACCGCCGAAGGAGACCCCGUCGAAGGAACGGCGAUGCAGGAGGAACCGGUCGACAUCCCACGCUUCGAAGCCAGAGCUGCAAUCUGCAACAUCCUCAGGAUCCUCGAGAGGCAGAAGGAGAAAGAGUUGCAGCGGCUGCUGCCGAGUUUCCAGUCGCUCUUCUUGGUCGAUGCUGCAAAAUCGGGGCAGUCGGAAGAGGAGGUGGAAAAGUUGAGAACGCAGAGGAUGGAUCUACGCACGGGUGCGAUCACCACGUUCGAAGCCGCGAGAUUAAUGCACGAGCUUUCGAUACGUCGUGCAGUUCGAAGCGGUAGCGAUAAACGGACAGACGUCGGAUUGACAGCGAGCACGGUGUAUGCCGCGCAUACGUUACUCAUGUCGCAUCCGUCGCACUUUCUGGCGGAUGCGUUGUCACAUCGUACAAGCCAGCUCUUCACGUGUCGUAGCGAUGACGAAAAGGCCAAUCUUGCAUUGGUUUCCGGGUGGAUUGCCGACAGCGCAGGGUCGAAAGGUCAAAGCUACAUCAAUGACUUUUGCAGCAAAGCGAGCAAGCUUCGUCGACACUUUGACGCGAAUCCGCCCGACCCCGCUGGAGACCCACGCUUCGUCGAUCCUCCACACUCGAAUCCCGAUCUGAAAGUUGUAUGGACAUCGCAAGACAAUUCGAUCAUCGAGUUCCUCCAGGCCAGUCUCGGAUCGAGGCGUGAGGUUCAGGAGGACACGCACGCGAGUCUAGCGAUGGACAUUGUAAAACGUGCUGGGGGACAUUUUCGGAUGCUUCCGCACCCGGACACGCCGGAGCUGAUGGAUGUGGAGAAAGCGACGGACAUCUUGUUGGUGGAGAACGGUGUGGACGGAGGCAGGGGAGGGCGGUUGGGGAGAUCGAUUUUGGAGACGGUGGGGACGGAUGUGACUGCAGGAGCCGAUCUGCAGCACGCGCUCGUGCUGAGGCUCUUGAUGUCCAUCGGUGCUUUGCCGCCGUGGCAGAAUCCGAUCCGGUUGGAUGCCGGUUUCAGGAGCGCAACGAUGGGAGACGAUGGGGGUGAACCGGAGAGCGUACUGGCUACAUCGGAAGCAAAAGUUGCGAGUGUUGGAGGCGGAGGAGAAGCAGCGGAAACUCUUGCGAAGAAGUUCAGCUUGACGCUGGAAGAGCAAGUGGAAGCCAUCCGACAUGAUUUCGGAAAGGACCACACGGUCUAUGUGAUCGACGACGAAGGGGCGUUCGAGCUGGACGACGGCAUUUCUAUCGAACCUGUCGCUGGGAAAGAUCAGGCUUGGGUGCACGUCCAUAUCGCCGAUCCUACGGCUUGGAUUCAACCCGACGAUGCCUUGGGACAGAGGGCGGAACGUCGCUUCCAGACGCUGUACUUUCCAGAGGCUAGGUGGGCCAUGUUGCCCGACGAAGUCGUUCGUAGUGGAGUCGGACUGCGCGCCGCCACCGAGGGGGAAAGCAACAUCGGUCAACGCGUGAUGUCUUUCAGCGCUCUCGUUGAUCUUUCUUCGGGUCUGGUGCAAGACACCAAAGUCAGACCUGCCUUCGUGCACGAUGUUCGGACCAUCUCGUACAACAAGGUCAACUCGAUCCUUGCGGACCGCAACAACGCCUCAUCCGACCUCUCACUGCUACUUUCGAUCGCGACAAAGCUCAGCGAGAACCGUACGCGAUCAUCCGCAUUCUACGCCUACCGACCCAGCUCCUCCGUCAGCGUCUCCCCCCUUCCUCUCCCUCACGUCCCCGUCUCGGCAUCGUCGCUCCAAAAGCCUUACUUCUUCGCAGGGUUCCCCACCAUCGACGUUUCCGCCAACACUGACCGAACCACCACCUCCGACGGCGUACCCGCACUAUCGCAAUUUCUCGUCUCGGAACUCAUGAUCCUCGCUGGUCGAGUUGCUGCCACCUACAGCUCCGACCACAACCUUGCCGCCGCAUUUCGAUACCAGUUACGACCGGAAUCGAUCGAAGAUGCGCACGAAAUCCUCGCUUUGCGUUCGAACCUGCCUUCCGCAUCAGGUAGCAGUAGUCUGGUCAGUGAAGAGGGUAUAGUGGGACAUGGGUUGAUACCUUUUGAAACGAUUCUAGCGAGGGAACUGUCCAUAUCGACUAGCGGAUACAGUGUCACACCCAAGGAACAUUUCUCGCUGGGAAUCAGUUCCUCCCGCUCUGAAGUCUUUCAACCACCUACCAGAGAUGCGAUAACGUCGUCUGGAUAUCUCCGUUCAACAUCACCCCUCCGUCGUUAUCCCGACAUGCUUUCCCACUGGCAGAUCAAAUACCACCUCCUCCACGGUAAGCCUCGCUUCGCAGCCAUCGAUAUCGAACGAAUCCUACCGCAGCUGGAGAGACAGGAAACCUCGGCAAAACAGUGGAUGCGUAGCAGCGAACGGUUCUGGAUCCACACGCUGCUGCAACGCAACCUUCUCGCAGGAAAGGAUGGAGUGACGGGGAGGAAGAUGACCGCGACAGUGGCACUGGCUGAGGUGAGGGUGAACAAGAGCACGUUGGGCGGAAGGGUGAGGGUGAACAUCGAGGAGUUGGGUUUGCCGGCAGAUUUGGAGUGGGAUGCCAGGGAGAGACCGCCGAAGGGCGGGGAGAGGUUCGAGGUGAGACCCGUAGCGGUCGCGAUGGCGGGUGUCAGGAGUGGGUUGACGGUGAGCAGGGUCUGA